UGAACACACACACACACUGACCAACAUUCUCACCGCUGACGGUUUUGCCUGUGAAUAGCUCUUCCUCCGUUAACACUCACAUCUCGGCUUGCACAAUAUUGUUUACGUUGACUAACAAAGCCAUUUGAAAAAAAGGAUUAGAAGGACCGGUGGCCGUCCCUUUUGUUCUCUCUCAUUGCCUCCUCGACCAGAGACCAACAUAAAGAAGAUGCCCGAUGCUCUCUGUGUUAGUGGUUCUUUGUUUGGUUCUGCAGUCGGACAGCAAGAAUGUAAUUCCUGUUACCUGAUCAGCAUGGGGUCUGUCGUGGCCAUUGUUGCCUCGGACAUCAUCUUGACCAUCUUCAUCACCAUCUCUGUGUUCUGCUUUGCAAUAUUCCACAAGAAACGGAGAGAGUGGGAUUCUCAUGAUGUGGGUAGAAGAAAUCUGUCAUCAUCAGUGUCAAAGAAAACGUCAACAGAGGUCACAGAAUCUCCCUACCAGGAAUUACACGGAGUCCAGUCAGAUGUGUACAGUGAGCUUCAGCACUUUAGAAAAUGAAACAGCAAAGCUAUAAAAAAAAAACGUCUUCUCUGUGAUGAGUUCCACAAGCGAUUACCGUAUAGUACCACACAAUCCACUGUAUACAUAUCUUAUUGUUACCAUUUAUACUUCUGCUUUAAAUUGGUGUCAAUGUGGAAUAAAUGUACAGAAUGUUUAUUUUAAAUUAAAAAUGGAUAUAUAUUUUAUUCACUGACAA